AUGGUCCGCAAGUUUGAUGGGAUUUCGAGGUCGACCUCUAAAACACUUUCACAGCACUCCUCUGCUACCCUUUCAUCAGAUAUAAAUUCGCUCGCUGCGUUUGAUGUUACUGCUCACACUCAGGGAGCAGACGGCAGAAAUGCGAUAAAGAAAAUAUCUUCUCUUUCUGCCAUGCGCCCUAAUGAUCUCGGUCUCACCUUAGUUCUUGCUCAACUACAGGUGGCGGAUGGAAACAUCAAUGCCGCAAUAUCCACGUUAGAGAAUUUCUCCAUGAAAUUGGAAGGAACUAGCGAUGACUCCGAUAAGGUGGUUCGGUUUAGCCCUGGGUUGGUCAACAUCCUUGUCACUCUGUACAGAAGUCAGGGUCGCAAACAUCAUAUAAAUUCCGAACUAUCGAAGGCUGCCAAGUAUUGGCAGGGGAAGGACCCUUCUAGCCAACCGAUAUCACUACUUCGCGGAGCGGCAAUAUCUCUCUUCAACUCUCAUGACUCGGCAGAUAUAUCUACUGCUACCGAAAUAUUUGCCAAUCUUCAUUCAAGAGAUGGCAGUGAUCGUAUCGCAACUGCAGGUUUCGUAGCCUCUCACGCUAUUUCCUCACCGGCCCUUGUUGAGUCCUCCCUUGAGUCUCUUUUGCCAGUUCAAGAGUUGAUUGCUGGUGUAGAUGUGUCGCAUCUGGAAGCGGCUGGUGUUCAACUACCUGCGAGCACAGCUGCCUCUGCACUAAAACAAGGCCAGAAACGGCGUUCAUCGGAUGCGUUAAAGAAAAAUAAAAGGAUUCGAAAACCCAAGAAUAUGGACCCUAACGAGAAAGUUGACCCCGAGAGAUGGCUUCCCCUGAGAGACAGAUCAAGCUACCGGCCUAAAGGGAAAAAGGGCAAACAAAGGGCACUUGAUCGAACACAGGGUGGUGUGGUCAAUGAUAAGGCAGAUGAUGACCACAGCUCACCUACACCUGUGAAGAGCACUAGCCAGGUAAUUGGGAGCAUGGGAGGCGCAAGGAAGAAAAAGGGAAAAGGAAAAAAGUAG